UUGUCAUAUUCUGAUUAUGUAAAAGUUAAGUUGUUGUUUGAGCGAACACACCGAACUGCAGUGAAAUUUAUAUCAAAGAAUUAGAGAGAUUUACUCAAAUAUAUCACAAUGGCAUCCUUGACCGUAAUGUUCCGAUCGCCCAGAUUUACUACGCUGCUUCAACAAACGUCAAAUUUACGAUUGUCAGCACCAUUGUCCAGUCGAAAUUUUUCGUCAGAACGAAAGGAAAACGUUAUCGACCCGGAACAAAAAGACAGCGAAAGUAAACCGACAGCGGAAGUCGAAGGGCUAACACUCGAAGUAACAAAAUUAAAGGAAAAGAAUGAUGAACUGCUGGACAAGUAUAAGCGAUCGCUGGCCGAUAGUGAAAAUUUACGGAAACGUUUGACCAAACAGAUCGACGACGCUAAAGUUUUCGGUAUACAGAGCUUCUGCAAGGACUUAUUGGAAGUGGCAGACAUAUUGGGACAUGCGACCAACGCGGUGCCGAAAGAUGAAGUAAACAACUCGAAUCCGCACUUAAAGAAUCUGUACGAAGGCUUGACGAUGACGCAACAGUCAUUGAUGCAAGUUUUUAAACGGCACGGAUUAGAGGUGGUCAAUCCAAUCAAUGAGAAAUUCAAUCCCAAUUUGCAUGAAGCGCUGUUCCAGAAGCAAUGUGAAAAUGUCGACCCAGACGUUGUAGUUGAGGUGACAAAAGUCGGUUAUAAGUUACGCGAGAGAUGUAUACGGCCGGCACUGGUGGGCGUUUCGAAAAAAUGAAAUUGUUCUGUGGUGGAUGUAUGCAAGGAAAUAGAAAUCAGUUCAUCGUA